UGGUUCAGUGAGAGUAUUAGAAUACUACCAAAACGCACCGUUUGGCUCUUUCUUCUCCAUUGAUACGAAAACCUUGAGGUUGCAGAGGCCAGAGAGUGAGAGACACAAAAUGCGAAGGUUGUAUCAGAUAUCGAUCUCUGUCUACAGAAAACCCAAUCUCUCAAUUUCAAUUUCGUCCAAUCCAAACAGCCCCUUACACCUCUUCCACACAAUUCACAAACCCACCAAACAAACCAACAACCAUGUAUUCACCGAACGAAGAUCAGGUCUCGGGUUGGUCCGUCUCGAAACCGACCCGGGACCAAGCCCAGACGACCCGACCCACUGCGAGUUCGCCGCCGACGUGGAGAAGAUAUACAGAAUAUUACGCAAAUUCCACUCCCGGGUCCCCAAAUUAGAGCUCGCUCUACAUCAAUCCGGCGUCGUUUUGCGCUCCGGCUUAACCGAGCGAGUGCUGAACCGGUGCGGCGACGCCGGAAACUUGGGGUACAGGUUCUUCGUCUGGGCCUCGCAGCAGCCCAAUUACAGACCCAGUUACGAUGUGUACAAGGCCAUGAUCAAGUCCCUGAGCAAAAUGCGGCAAUUCGGCGCCGUUUGGGCUCUGCUUGAGGAGAUGAGGAGAGAAAAUCAGGAGCUAAUUACUGUGGAAAUGUUUGUGGUUUUGAUGCGGCGUUUCGCUUCGGCGAGGAUGGUGAAGAAAGCAGUGGAGGUGCUCGAUGAAAUGCCCAAGUACGGGUGCGAGGCGGAUGAGUAUGCUUUUGGGUGCUUGCUUGAUGCUCUGUGUAAAAAUGGGAAUGUGAAAGAAGCGGCGAGUUUGUUUGAGGAUAUGAGAGUUAGGUUCAAGCCUAGUAUUAGGCAUUUUACUUCUUUGUUGUAUGGGUGGUGUAGAGCAGGGAAGCUAAUGGAGGCGAAGCAUGUGUUGGUGCAGAUGAGGGAGGGAGGGUUCGAGCCGGACAUUGUGGUGUAUAACAAUUUGCUUGGUGGGUAUGCUCAGGCUGGGAAGAUGGCUGAUGCGUAUGAGCUGUUGAAGGAGAUGAGGAGGAAGGGUUGUGAGCCCAAUGCGGCUUCGUAUACGACUGUGAUUCAGGCGCUUUGCGGGCAGGAGAAGAUGGAGGAGGCGAUGAGGGUGUUUGUGGAGAUGGAGAGGAGUGGUUGUGAGGCGGAUGUUGUUACUUAUACUACUUUGAUUAGUGGGUUUUGUAAGUGGGGGAAGAUUGUGAGGAGUUAUGAGAUUUUGGAGAGUAUGGUACAGAGAGGGUUUACGCCGAGUCAGAUGACUUACUUGCAGAUUAUGUUGGCUCAUGAGAAGAAGGAAGACCUGGAGGAGUGUAUGGAAUUAAUGGGGGAGAUGAGGAAGAUUGGUUGCAUGCCUGAUCUUGGUAUUUACAACACGGUGAUUCGGUUGGCUUGCAAAUUGGGGGAGGUGAAAGAAGGUGUUCGGCUUUGGAAUGAAAUGGAAGAAGCUGGGUUUUCUCCGGGGCUUGACACCUUUGUCAUUAUGAUUCAUGGGUUUCUCGGGCAAGGUUGUUUGAUCGAAGCUUGUGAUUACUUCAAAGAAAUGGUUGGCAGAGGCCUUCUAUCUGGGCCACAAUACGGUACCUUGAAGGAGUUAAUGAAUGCUUUGUUAAGAGAUGAGAAGCUAGAAAUGGCUAAAGAUGUUUGGAGUUGCAUUGUGACCAAGGGUUGUGAGCUUAACGUGUAUGCAUGGACAAUUUGGAUUCAUGCACUGUUUUCAAAGGGGCAUGUGAAAGAGGCUUGCUCAUACUGCUUGGACAUGAUGGAGGCAGAUGUAAUGCCACAGCCGGAUACUUUUGCGAAGCUCAUGCGUGGUUUAAAGAAACUUUAUAACAGACAGAUUGCUGCUGAGAUCACAGAGAAGGUGAGGCAGAUGGCUGCAGAUAGAAAGAUCACUUUCAAGAUGUAUAAAAGACGCGGAGAGAGGGACUUGAACGAAAAAGUUAAGGAGAAGAAGGAUGGGGGAAGGAAACGGAGGGCUCGAAAACGGCAAUGGCCUAGUAAAGCUAAAGCCUUAUAGUUUGAAUGGGAAAGCUGUGAAACAAUUGACUUCAGUAUGCAGGUUCCGGAGAAGAGGGGGCAUCAUUAACAUGAAAAUGGCUUCCGGUUCUGCUAUGAUGUGUAUUUCAUUCGAGAAAUGCCCUACAAGAUUCAAGCGUAUGUGUGGAAACAGUGGCCUAUUCAACUAUGAGGUGCAGAUAGUAUCCCAAGUUCUUUAAAGGGAGAAAUGACUUGAGCGCCUUCAUGUUUAAGUUUGUAUGAAGGCAUAAUGUGGUUUCUUUUACAAUCGUCCAUCUUGAGUUAUAAAAGAAGCUGUAUUUGCUAAA